AACAAACAUGGCGGGAAAUAAGAAUUCAACACUAGUGAAAUAGACACUUUCCGGUGACACAGCGUGUGUAAAUAUAAAGAGUUCAACUCUCAUCCAUCUUGAGUUGUGUGCACUUUAAUGAACAAGCAAUAUGCAGAAAGGAAAAAGGAAAAACAGUGAUCCCUCAGUUCAGUCGAGCAAGAAGAAGAAAUCAACAGAUGUCUACACAGAGAAAUCUGUGUUCACAGAACUGAUAGUGAAUGCUGGAUUUAUUCUGAAAGAUGGCCAUUCCAACAACGAACUUACCGUGGACCAGGCUGUUUUCCAGAGAGAUUUGUUGCUGAGCAUCAAGAGGCACAAUGACUACCCAUCGGUUGUGGAGGACUUCUUGGAAGGAUUCGAGACUUACACUGAAGAGCCCCAAAGAUUGAGCAAGAGUGUCAUGGCGACACACACAGCGAAGGAGUGUGACAGUGCGAGAUAUCCUGUACAAGACAGCAUGGUUAAAAUUCUUUUAGGAAUUGAUAUUUUGCAGUCGAAGGUGAUGAAGCUGCUGCUGGAGAAGCUUCCGCUGUUCAUGGGGGAUGAGGAUUUUUUGUUUGAGAAUGGAGAGAAGAUAUUCAUCCCGCGGGUCCUCCUCAGUCAGUUCCGGUGGCUGGACAGAAUCGUCAACUGUAAGGAGCUGACUACUAAGAUGUUAGAAAUGAUAGACAUCAGCUCGCCUGAUGUACAAAGGGAGAUAAUCCUGUGUCUGCCUGAGGUGGUGGAAGACACUGAACAUGGCGAUGUGGCUAAAGCUCUCAGUGAUAUUCUUCUACAAGGCAACCGGAUGACAGUUCCAAUUCUUGAUGCCUUAUCCAACCUGGCCUUAAAACCAGAACUUCUAGCUGAGGUGCGAGGGUCUGUCCUGCAGACCUUGUCCUCUGUCGAGAUGGAUGAUCUGCCAGUGGUGGUCAAGUUUCUGCUCCAGACAGUCACACCGCAGGAUUCAUUAGAGAUUGUUACGGAAAUUCGAGCAAGCAUUGAUUUUAAACCCUUACCUGCUGCCCAAGGCAAAUCCAUUAAAAAAGACAAGACAAAGAAACGGACAGCCUCUGAUGACAGCGUAGAGAAGGGGAACGAAGCGCUGACAUUGGAUGCCAUCAAGUCUGGGAUUCGCUUCCAGAAAACCGUGUCUGAAGCCUGGAUAAAGGCGAUUGACAACCUGAAGGACCCAGCGGAUCACAAGGUGAUUGACAUCUUUGUUCUGCUGAUCCUACACUCAACAAACCGAAAGAAGCCAGUGGAGAGUCUCUUCAGGAACAAGAUCCGUUCUGGAGCGUUUACUGAGCCUCUGCUGCAGUCCGCUUUCACUGACCAUGCUCAGAUCCUCCGUGGGUACUUCCCGUCUGUGUUGUCUCUAGCCGAGGUGUUACUGAGAUCCCCAGAGCCAGGGAUCAGCUACUUUGCCUCUGCUAUGUAUCGACAUGCCUUCGCUGUGUUCGACAGCUACUGUAAACAGGAGAUUGUCGGGAACCUGGUGACACACAUCGGGAGUGGUUUUGCGGGUGAGAUCGACAGCUCUUUGGACAUUCUCUCUGACUUGGUACACCACCACCUCUCCAGCAUGGCCCCCUUCGCCAUCUUUGUCAAGGGAUUUCUUGACUACUUUGACAACCGUUCAAUGACGCAGAUCCGUAAACUUUAUGCCAUGUUGAGCCGUCUAGCUUUCCACAACCCAGAUGAUGGUGGACUUAUACAGGAUGACCUUCAUAUCAUCAUCAGGAAACAGUUGUACAACAGCAGCCUCAAGUAUAAACGCAUGGGAGUGAUCGGCGCCAUCAUGGUUGUCAAGAGUAUUGCAGACAUCCCCUCCGAGCAGUCUGUGAGCACCAUCAGUGAUGACAAGCUGAAGGAGGUGUUGCACCUGCUGCAACUGGUUCGAACCAGUAGCAACGGGAGCCCCGAGGCCACCUGCUUGUUUCUGGAUGAACUGUCGUCUGUCAUCAGUAAAGGCAAUGUCGACCCCAAAGUUGUGAACUGGAUUUCUGAGAACAUGAUAGCAGAUUUCCAGGAUGAUUUUGUGGUGGACGUGGAAGAAAGCUUCAUUCAACAGAGAGGUGUACGAACUGUAGUCUGGAAGGUGUGUACAGUCAAGGAGGGAGGUGUCACGAGUCUCACUGUAGUCUGUACUGACAACCAUGUGUUUGUGUUAGGCUGCCCCCUGUAUACAGUCAAGGAGGAGGUGUACGAGAAGUACGAGUCCCUGUCUCACAAGGAGAAAGAUGUGAUCUGCACCACUCUCUUCCACAGCCUGAACUGGUUCCGUGAGCUGGCCAACUGCUUCGCCAAGCAGACUAUGCCGGAGAUGAAGGGCAAGGUCAUCGUAAGGCUGCAGAACAUCACGGAAGUGCAGAACACCCUGGAGAGACUGCUGGCAGUUACUCCAGGGUUCCGACCUCCAGUUGCAAACUUUGACCUUGAAGAGACCCAGCAGGUGGAGCCCUCUAGUGGUGGUUCUCGUGGAGCAGAGGGCAAGAAGAAGGGGAGAAAACCAGGAAAGAAGAAACAGUCCGAGAAGGAGAAUAUUUCUGCAGACAUGGACGAGAACAGCCGAGAUUCCACACAGUCUGAGUCCCAGAAGCCGAGCCAGUCAGGGACCCAGCUGAAGGAGGGGGACAAGGAGGAGAAGAUGGUUAGUCUGUCCACCUACAUGCAGUACUUCAGGGAGUUAGAUGUGAGCGUGUUCACCAUCCUGAACGCUGGCCUCAUCACCAAGGCUGCUCUUGACUCCGAGAUGAACACAAAGGCCACUGAGAAUCUGCAGAUUCAGCCGCCACAGUUGGAGUUCCUGUUGAAGGACUUGACCAGAAAACUGGACCACUCACUACUGGCCUCAGCUGCCAAACGCAGGACUUUCCUCAAUACCAAGGCUGACAAGAGUGUUGGGUUCUCCCACCUGGACCAGUACACAGCCACUGAGAUCACCACCAACAUGAUCCACCUGCUGCCGCCACUGUGUGAGCACCUGGAGGGCACCAGUGCUUUCUUCCAGACCCUGAUAUCCGAGAACGACGGCAUGCUAGACGGCCCGGGCAGCAACUCCCCAGAGGCCGUGUUGAUGGGAUCUUGCUUCAAGCUCCUGCUGCAGUCACUGCUGUCUCUGUUCUCAUGGAAUGGUUUUGUGAUGGCUGAGAACCGGCAGCUGUUGAAGGAUGGCCUGAAUGCCCUGGUGUCCCGCAUCAAGUCCAGCAGCAGCUCACAGUCCUCCUUCCAUGACCUUGUCAGGGGAGCCUUCAACUACUGCCAGAACUUUGCAGCUACAGUGUCGAAUCUCCCUACAGCAGUGACACUGCUGAGACUGUUGACGACACUGGUGGAGAAGACAACCUUACCAGAGCUUAAAGGGAAAGUUGCUGUUCUUGCUGAGGAGUUUCUGACGGAAUGGUUAGGGCCAGAUGGACAGAGAGAGAAGGGAGCCAAACACAACGAACAGCUACAGAUUGUCAUCAAGAUGUUCCUGGUGUACUCGGCUGAUCCAGUGGAGGCCAUUGAGGAACUAACAAUAGGAUGUCGGGAGCUGAUUGAGGCAGGCAAGAAUGGAUGCUCCAAUUCCUACCCCUCUCUAACAAGGCACUCUUUCUCUGUGUACUACCGAGUGCUGUUCAGUGAGCUGAUUGAGGUCAUCAAGCGACUCCCAGCUGGGAAGCUUAAUGAGUCAAGAGAUCUGAAAGUGGAGAGGUUGCUGCGGUGGAACUCGGCUGUCAAGAUCCUGCACAUCUUCGUCAACCUCAUCCGGACAUUCGAUGGCAGAUCCAACAUGGGUACCGCUUUGAAGUACGGGAGGAUGUUCCUGGAGGUGUUCCUCAGACAGGGCAUGCCGCUGCUGGACUGUAUGUUCAAGACCAACAGGGAGGAUGUCCAGAAUCUCCUCAAGAGCUUCCAGAUGAGCACCCGGGCCCUCCACCAUGCGUCCAGCCACUCCAAGAUUAUUCGUGACAUCUCCCUGACGAACCAGGUGCCCAUGUUGAAACGAGGACUGGAAGCGUUUGUCUACCAAGUGAAGGCCAUGUUGACUGUCAACAAGUGUCUGGAAGCAUUCUGGAUGGGUAACCUCAAGAACAGGGAUCUGCAGGGACAAGAAAUCCUGUCCCAAGCCUCUGUAGCGACGAAUGACAGUGAUGAAGAAGAUGGCGAUGCAGUCCCUGCUGAUGAAGAUGAGGAAAGUGACGUGGAAAUGGACAACCAAAGUGAGGCUGGCGGUGAUGCCAAGGACGGUGAAGGCUCGGACAGCGAGGGGUCUUACAGUGAAGUCUUCUAGACCAGCUGCUGCAGGACCCAAGAAACGGCCAGUCUCUGGGCCGGGCAAGAGGCUCUGUAUACAGAGGCAGGUGCGGAAGAUGAAGAAGAAGCAAGAGAGACUGAGCAGUGAUUUUUUGAUGACUUGAGCCAGCUCAUUAGGUUGAUUCCAGGCCAAACCUAACUCUGCUCCUGGAAUAUACUGAGAACUGGAUAGCCAUGAGGGCUGUGGAGGGGUAAUAGACACUUGAAGCACCAGCUGUCGAUAUAUAUUUCAUGUCAGACUGUGUAUACAAUUCAGUAGUUGCCUUUCUGAGCAUGUCAGAUUGUAAUGUAAUCUAGAGGAGGGAAUGGGCCAGGGCAAAUAUGGACUUAAGAUUUAAGUUAAAUGUUAAACAUUAAUGUACAGCAAUUCUGGUCAUGACAGACACCAGAGGUCUGGCUCACAGCUAAAAGCUGUGUAUGUGUUUGAUUGAAUCUGUUCCAUCUACUGAAGUCCUUCAAAAUGUGAUCCUGUGUAAUGUUUGUAAAGUUACUUAAACUUAUGGAACAGUUAAAAAAUUGGAGGAAUCUUUAUUUCUCUCUGUUUGGUAAAAAGUGAAAAUUUAGCCAUAAAUGGUAUAUUUAUAAUGUUUA